AUGAUUAGAACCACAAGGUUUUUAAGUAAAAGGAGGUUCCUUAGAACAAAUAUCCGAUUUCAGACGAUAUGUCGACCAUUAGCCACGGCAAAUACUUCACUGGAAAAUUAUGCAAAUGUAUUUAAUCCCAAUGCUAGCAAAGUAACACUAUCAAAUUUAGAUACUUUUACUAGAAGACAUAUUGGACCAAACCCGGAAAAUGUUAAACAUAUGCUUGCAACAUUAGGCUAUACCGAUUUAGACGAAUUCUUGUCUAACGCCGUGCCACAACAUGUGCUAUUCAAACGUAAAUUACAAAUUCAACCACUGCAAGGUUUCACUGAACAAGAAAUGUUGAAGCAUUUACAUUCAAUAGCUAACAAAAACAAGAUAUUUAAAUCCUUUAUUGGUAAAGGUUAUGCUGGAACUAUAUUGCCUCCGGUUAUUCAAAGAAACUUGUUGGAGCUGCCUGAGUGGUAUACUUCAUAUACUCCAUAUCAACCAGAGAUUUCUCAAGGUAGAUUACAAAGUUUAUUGAAUUAUCAAACCAUGAUAACUUCAUUAACUGGGUUAGAUAUGGCAAAUGCUUCAUUGUUAGACGAGGGGACCGCAGCAGGUGAAGCCAUGAGCUUAUCAUUUCAAAAUUCAAAGGGCAAGAAGAAAAUAUAUGUUAUUGAUUCAGAAUUGCAUCCACAAACUAAGGAUGUUAUUCGUUCAAGAGCUGAAAAUAUUGGCGUUGAAAUAAAAGAGUUGAACUUAGCUACCGAAAAAGGCGUUUCUAUAUUGAAUAAGAUUAUCAAAGAUGUAAGCGGUGCCUUGGUACAGUAUCCCACAACAACGGGAUCAAUAAACAAUUACUCACAAAUUGGAGAAAUCUUGCACAAGAACAAGGCACUUUUCGCCAUGGCUGCAGAUUUAUUAGCAUUGACUUUGAUCAAACCACCAAGUUUUUAUGGAGCAGACAUUGCUUUGGGGACUUCGCAGAGAUUUGGUGUACCAUUUGGUUAUGGUGGACCACAUGCUGCGUUUUUUGCAACUUCUUCAAAAUACGCUAGGAAGAUUCCAGGAAGAAUUGUUGGUGUUUCCAAGGAUAGAUUAGGGAACCCUGCAUUGAGAUUAGCUUUACAAACAAGAGAACAACACAUCAAAAGGGAGAAAGCAACAUCAAACAUAUGUACAGCACAGGCAUUGUUGGCCAAUAUUGCAGCAAGUUACGCAGUAUAUCAUGGACCUGAGGGGUUGAAGAACAUUGCCAAGAGAGUAUAUGGCUUUACCACCUUGUUGGCAAAGGAGAUUGAAAAGAAACACGAGAUUUUAAACGAUAAGUGGUUUGAUACCUUGACCGUAAAGUUGAAUGGUAUCACUGCUGAUGAAUUGUUACGAAAUGCAUUGGACAAGUAUGGUAUCAAUUUAUUCAAGGUUGACGACUCAACAGUUUCUUUGCAAUUAGAUGAAACCGUUGAAAAACAAGACUUGAUAGAUUUGGUUGAGUUAUUUACAGGCGAGAUAAUUACGCCAAUGGAAGAUUUGCCAUCUAUUCCUGAGGAGUUAUUAAGAAACGAUGAGAUUUUAAAGCAUGAAGUUUUCAAUACGCAUCAUUCCGAAACUGCCAUGUUGAGAUACUUGCAUCUUUUACAAUCUAAAGAUUUGUCCUUGGCAAACUCAAUGAUCCCAUUGGGUUCCUGUACUAUGAAAUUAAACGCUACAGUAGAAAUGCAAACAUUAUCAAUUCCCGGUUUCAAUAUGAUCCACCCUUUUGCACCUAAGGAUCAAGCUGAAGGGUACAAAGACCUCAUUGAUGAAUUUGAAAAGGAUCUCAAUGACAUUACAGGAUUUGAUGCUACUACCCUCAUGCCCAACUCUGGUGCCCAAGGUGAAUAUACUGGGUUGUCUUUGAUUAGACAGUACCACAAGUCCAGGGGAGAGUACGAACAAAGGAAUAUUUGUCUUAUACCAGUAAGUGCCCAUGGUACAAAUCCUGCUUCUGCAUCAAUGUGUGGUUUAAAAGUUGUACCAGUGAAAUGUUUAGAUAACGGAUCUAUUGAUUUGGAAGAUUUACAAGCAAAAGCAGAGAAACAUGCCGCUAAUCUCUGUUCCAUCAUGAUCACCUAUCCAUCGACGUAUGGGUUAUUUGAACCUGGAGUUAGGCAAGCCAUUGACAUUGUACAUAAGAAUGGAGGUUUAGUUUAUCUUGACGGAGCUAACAUGAAUGCGCAAGUUGGUUUAACUUCACCUGGUGAUUUAGGAGCAGAUGUGUGCCAUUUGAAUAUCCACAAGACAUUUGCGUUGAGUCAUGGUGGUGGUGGACCGGGACAAGCGCCAGUUUGUGUCAAGAAACACUUGGAACCAUUUUUGCCAAAACAUCAUUUUGUUAACACUCCACACUCAACUCAAGAGUCUAUAAGAUCGGUAAACUCAGCGCCAUAUGGAAGCGCUUCAGUUAUACCUGUUUCGUAUUCAUACAUUAAGAUGUUGGGAGCUGAUUCAUUACCAUAUGCAUCUACCAUAGCAAUGUUGAAUGCUAAUUACAUGUUAACCAAAUUACAGCCAUAUUACCGAAUUCUCUUUGUCAAUGACAAAGCGUCAACAAGUGAAGGCUUAAAACAUUGUGCUCACGAGUUUAUUUUGGAUCUUCGAGAAUUUCAAAAGAGUGGAAUUGAAGCCAUUGACAUUGCCAAAAGAUUACAGGAUUAUGGUUUCCAUGCGCCAACAAUGUCUUUCCCUGUUGCCGGUACCUUGAUGAUUGAACCUACAGAGUCGGAAAACCUUGCAGAAUUGGAUAGGUUUAUCGAAUCGUUAAUUUCCAUACGCAAGGAAAUUGACGCAUACGUUGCGGGCGAUUCCAAGGGACAAGUUUUGAAGAAUGCACCACAUUCAAUUCAAGAUCUAGUAAGUUCUUGUGAUUGGGAAACUAGAGGCUACACUAGAGAAGAAGCUGCUUAUCCUUUAGAAUUUUUGAAGGAGAACAAAUGUUGGCCCACUGUUUCUAGGUUGAAUGAUACUUAUGGCGACCUAAAUUUAAUAUGUACUUGUCCCAGCGUUGAAGAAGUAGCUGCUGAGAGGUAA